CGUGGUGUGGCAGGGAUGAGGAGCCGGCAGCGGAUGUUUGCCGCGGUGAUGCGCCUGCUCCUCAAGUGCCUGCGGCUGGGCCGGCGGCGGCGCUUCAAGCUGGUGCGGCAGGUGGAGCAGCUGUGGCACUACGGGCACCUCUGCCUCCGCUCCUUGCUCUACAACUCCUUCACCAACGGUGAUGUGGUGCUGGACUCCCUCUUCGAGCCCGUCUACUGGCUGGUGGACCACGUCACCCGGUGGUUCGGCGUGGUGUUUGUGGCACUGGUGAUCGGGCUGACGAGCUCUAUUGUGGCCAUCGUGUACAUCUGCCUGCUGCCCCUCAUCCUGCAGACCUACACACCUGCCUGGAUCUGCUGGCACCUCGCCUAUGGACACUGGAACCUCAUCAUGAUUGUCUUCCACUACUACAUGGCCAUCACCACCUCACCAGGGCACCCACCACAGGCCAAGAAUGACCUUACCGGCGUCUCCAUCUGCAGGAAAUGCAUUGCCCCCAAGCCAGCUCGCACCCACCACUGCAGCAUCUGCAACAGGUGCGUGCUGAAGAUGGACCACCACUGCCCCUGGUUAAACAACUGUGUGGGACACUACAACCACCGUUACUUCUUCUCCUUCUGCCUUUUCAUGACCAUGGGCUGCAUCUACUGCAGCAUCAGCGGCUGGGAGAUGUUCCGGGAUGCCUAUGCAGCCAUCGAGAGAAUGAAACUGCUUGACAAGGAGAGACUGCAGGUGGCUGCCAACCAGACCUACUACCAGACCCCACCACCCACCUUCUCCUUCCGCCAGCGAGCUUUCCACAAGAGCGUGGUCUACCUCUGGGUCCUGUGCAGCUCGGUUGCACUGGCCCUGGGUGCCCUCACGCUGUGGCACGCUGCCCUCAUCACCCGUGGGGAAACCAGCAUUGAGCGGCAUAUCAACAGAAAGGAGAGGCAGAGACUGCAGAAGAAAGGCAAGGUCUUUAGGAACCCCUAUAGUUAUGGCAGCUGGGAUAACUGGAAGGUGUUCCUGGGUGUGGAUGUGCCAAGGCACUGGCUCACCCGGGUCCUGCUGCCCUCUCCUCACCUGCCCCACGGGACAGGCCUGAGCUGGGACCUGCCUCCCUGCGUGACGGAGCACCGCGCACCGCUCCUGGCCAUCUGAGGC